AUGAAGGCCCUUGGGUGCCACCAGUUGAUGGCACGAAUUGAGACAAAACAAGAGGAGAGCGACAAAAGGGGGAAAAUGGGUGGGAGGGCCGCAAGAAGGAAGACAAAGGUUCGCGGGGCUUUGGGCGCGGCGGGCUUACUGCCCUCGGUCCUGCUAGGGCACUUCUCGAAACCUGUUUGCAGCUGGGAACCCUGGUCCGACGUUGAUGGCCUAGAUAACUUAGCGCGGCCUCUCGCCUUCUUUUCUUCCGCCCCUCUCCCGCCCACCCGACCCCACCGCCCCCACCGCCCAGUUCGCCUCCAGCGCCGGGGUCGACCAGAUACUCCGCGGCUCGGCUGCCGGCAAGACCCGGAGAGUGGAGUUCGCUCCGGCAGCGCGAGGCGCGCACUCGCAAGCGCGCUCUCGCUCACUCCUCGCAGGGGUACUGGGCAUGCGCGGCGCGCGUCUGGCUUUGGCGGCGAGCGGGUGAGCGGGCGGGCAGCUCCAGACUUCACAGGCGGCGGCGGGCGCGGCGGUCUUGCCCAGCGCGAGGCGGGCGCUGUGCUCGCCCGGGAGAUCGUUCCUCUUCUGCCGGGCGCAGACGGCGGCUUGGCGGCUCGCGGAGGAUUGGAAGGGCGUGGUCCAGGACGGGGGCUUUCUCCUGGCCGCCUCCUGCCUCGUCCGGGCUCUAAGCGUCUCCGGGGAAAGCCACGGCCCCGAGGGCGGAUCCGAGUUUUUGUAUCUAUUCAUUUAUUGACGGACAUCUUGGAUGCUUCCAGUUUUUGGCAACUCUGAACAAAGCUGGCAAGGGCAGCAAAAGCAAAAAGAAACAAGUGGGAUUACAUUGAACUAGAAAGCUUUUGCAUAGCAAAGGAAACCAACAAAAUGAAAAGGCAACCUACUGAAUGGAAUAAGAUAUUUGCAAAUGAUAUAUUCGAUAAGAGGUUAAUAUCCAAGAAUAUAAAGAACUUAAUACAACUUAACACCAAAAAACCCCAAACAAUCCAAGUAAAUAAAGGGCAGAGGACCUGAAUAGACAUUUUUCCAAAGACGUACAAAUGGCUAACAGACAUGAAAUGAUGCUCAACAUCACUAAUUAUCAGGGAAAUGCAAAUGAAAAUCACAAUGAGGUAUCACAUCAUACCAAUCAGAAUGGCUGUUAUCAAAAAGACAAGAAAUAAUAAGUGUUUGUGAGGAUGUGGAGAACAGGGAAUCCUUGUGCACUCUUGGAAGGAAUGUAAAUUGGUGCAGCCACUAUGGAAAACAGUAUGGAGCUUUCUAAAAAAAUUAAAAAUAGAAAUACCGUAUGAUUCAGUAAUUCUACUUUUGGGUGUUAAUUUGAAGAAAAUGAAAAUAUGAAUUCAAAAAGAUAUAUGUACUUGUAUGUUCAUUGCAGCAUUGUUUACAGUAGCCAAAAUAUGGAAGCAACCUAAGUGUCCAUCAGUAGAUGAGUGAAUAAAGAAGAUAUGGUAUAUAAAUACAAUGGAAUAUUACUGAGCCAUAAAAAGAAUGAAAUCCUGCCAUUUGCAACAUCAUAGAUAGACCUAAAGGGUAUUAUACUAAGUGAUAGAAACCAGACAGGGAAAUACAAAUACUGUAUGCUUUCCCUUAUAUGUGGAAUCUAAAAAUCAAGUGAACAAACAAAACAAAUCAGAAACAGAGUCAUAAAUACAGAGAACAAAUUGGUGGUUGCCAGAGUGGAGGGUGAUGGGGGGGGGGCAAAAUAAGUGAAGGGGAUUAAGAGGUAUAAACUUUCAGUUAUAAAAUAAGUCAUGAGGAUAUAAAGUACAGCAUAGGGAAUAUAGCCAAAAAUAUUGUAAUAACUGUAUAUGGUGAUAGAUGGUAAUUAGACUUAUUGUGGUUAAUUGUUUCAUAAUGUACAUAAAUGUUGGCUAUGUUGUAUACGUGAAACUAAUGUAAUAUUGUAUAUCAACUAUUCUUCAACAAUAACCAAAAAACUAAAAAACAAAAGGAGAGAAAAACAUUUUUAAAGUCCAUUUCUUAAAAAAUGUUUAUUUUUGAGAGAGAGAAAGAGAGCACACGCGUGAGGGAGGGACAGAGAGAGAGGGAGACAGAGGAUCCAAAGCAGGCUCUGUGCUGACAGUAGAGAGCCCAAUGCGGAGAGUUGGGGAAUGGGAAUGGGGGGCUGAAAUUCACGGACCAGGGAGAUUGUGACCUAAGAGGAAGUCAGUGCUUAACUGACUGAGCCACCCAGAUGCCCCCAAAGUCCAUUAUUAAAGACUAUUGAUAUAAACUUCAUUUUAUUUAGAAAGUCUUAUCAACACCAUUAAAAUGUUACGUUUCUAUUAGAAUAUCACCAUUAGAAUAUUAGUCCUUAUUCUAGAAAUACAUGUAUAUUAUUGAUAUAUUUAUUGGCUUACUGCAACGAUAGUAUGUUUCCAGUGUCUGAAAUACAAUGUUUGUGAUUAUUAAACACUGUGGGGGUUUUUUUAUUGAUGAUUCUUGUUUUUGUAAUGUUUUGUGAUAUUAUAAUUGUUUUUGUUUUUCACUAGAAAAUAAAAUGUUUUAUUUUUUAUUAAUUUUUUUUAAUGUUUAUUUAUAUUUUGAGAGAGAGAGAGAGAGAGAGACAGACAGACAGACAGAAUCUGAAUCAGGCUCCAGGCUCUGAGCUGUCAGCACAGAGCCCAACAUGGGGCUCCCAACUCACAAAUCAUGGGAUCAUGACCUGAGCUGAAGUUGGACGUCUAACUGAGCCACUGAGGCACCCUGAAAAUAAAAUAUUUUAAAAAGUGCAAGCAGCAAAACCAAUCCACAAAGAAAAGUGAAAUCUGUCACUUUGAAAAGACGUUGAAUACAGUUUGUUUAAUUUUCUGUAAUAGUUUUGACAUUUGAAGUUAAUGGUACUUGUAAGACAUGAACAUAAAAUAAGGUGAUUUUAAGUAUGUUGACUUUUAAAUUUGAAGAAAGAUAUACUUGUGAUGAUAGAGAAGCUACAUUUAACUUUGAUAAGUGAAAGAAAAUAGAACGUUACUUUAUCUAUGUAUAGAUUCCUCACCCCCACCCCCCCGCCUUAAUACCAUGCUCAGCUUGUGUUUGUAUGCCUGUGUGUAAUUUACAAUUUCCCUUUUCAGUGUGUUUUCAAAACUUUACCUGUUUUAUAA